AUGGCUGUAGUAGGCUCCCAGGGUUGCCCUGAAAAUUUGAUGAUUCCCAUGAUACCGGCCAGCCCGCAGGAAACACAGGUUCUUGGCCUGCCCCGAGCCCUUUGGGGCAUGUGCUGCUCCUUCCUGGAAUAUCCAUCCCUAGACAUCUCAGGAGAUCCCUCUCUCACUUCCUUUAGGACUCGCCCCAGCAAGACUUGCCCUGUCUAUCCCCAUCUCCACCAGCCCCUCUGUUCUCUUCUCUCCCUUCCCAACCUCUAUCAUCUGACAUGUCGCUUAAUCGAUUACUCCCUUGUUAAUUGCCUGCCCUCCUGCAGUAGAUUCCAAGCUCCGUGUAGUCAGGACUCUGCUGUCACCCACUUUGCCCCAGCACUUAGGAAAGAGCUGGCACAGAUGGGCACUCUGAUUUCUGUUGAAUGA